CAAGUUGUGCGUGUGAGUGUUGUGCGUGUGUGUGUGUGUGUGACAGAAAGAAAGAGCAAAGAUUGGCAUAUUCUCUUUGAACCUUUCCAACUCCCACUGCCAGAUUCAACACUAUGCUUAUGCUAUCUCUCUCUUCACUUCACCUUCCUCAUCAUCACCAUCUCCUCUUCUCUGACCAUUUAAGCCACACCCAUCUGCACAAAACUACAACUUUUUACAUACCCAACCGCUGUGACUUGCCUACUAUCUCUCAGCUGCCUCGAAUAUCCAGUACCACCUCAUCCAAUUCUUACCCAACGAGCAGAAGCGAAAGUUCUCUUGCUUUUCUCACUCCUCUGCAAGCAAUUCUAUUUGAUAUCGAUGGUACACUGUGUGAUUCAGACCCUACCCAUUAUAAUGCCUUCCGUGAAAUGCUUCAAGAGAUAGGUUUCAAUGGAGGAGUCCCCAUUACUGAGGAAUUCUUUAUUAAGAACAUCAGUGGCAAGCAUAAUGAAGAGCUCUGUGGUGUCCUCUUUCCUAAUUGGGAUCUCCAAAGAGCAAGAAAAUUUAUGGACGAUAAGGAAGCCUUUUUUCGGAGGUUGGCAUCUGAGCAGCUAGAACCUGUUAAGGGCCUGAACAAGUUGUGUAAAUGGAUAGAAGAACGCGAGCUUAAACGCGCUGCAGUGACAAAUGCACCAAGAUCAAAUGCAGAGCUCUUAAUCUCAGCCUUGGGGCUCUCGGAUUUCUUUGAAGUUGUUGUCCUUGCAAAUGACUGUGAACGGCAAAAACCAUUUCCUGACCCCUACUUGCGGGCUCUCCAAGUGCUUGAAGUGUCUCCUAAGCACACUUUCGUGUUUGAGGACUCUGUUUCUGGAGUGAAAGCCGGGGUAGCAGCUGGGAUGCCUGUAGUGGGCAUGGGUUUAAGGAACCCCGAAAAAUCAUUGACAGAUGCUGGAGCCUCCUUUGUUAUUAACAAUUUCAAUGAUCCAAAGUUGUGGGCAGCAUUGGAAAAGUUGGAGAACAAAGAAGAACUAACAACAGUAACAACUUGAAAAUGCAUGCAUCUAAGUAAUCCGGGAGAAAAACUUGUAUAUUUUGAAACAAGUGCCAUUGUUGGCAGAUUUGGAGUAAGUUCAGUUUAUAUUCAUUCAUUGAGGCAUUUUAGACAUCCCAAUGAAAUUAAUCCAUUGUAAUUUUUAUUAUCCUUUGUACAAAGAGGUUCUUCCA